AUGGGCAACGAAUCGUCGACCGAGGUGGAUGAGUUCACACGCCCCUUGGUGCUUGAGGCACGCAGCAUCGAGGCGGUGGCCAAAUAUGUUAAACAGCACAAUGUGAAGAAAGUUGUGGUCAUGGUGGGAGCGGGUAUCAGCACUUCAGCAGGCAUCCCGGAUUUUCGCUCACCUGACACGGGAAUCUACGCCAACCUGGCAAAUCUAGAUCUACCAGAGCCUGAGGCAGUCUUUGAUAUUGGCUUUUUCCGGCAUAACCCAAAACCUUUCUAUGCGCUGGCGCACGAGCUGUACCCCGGACGCUAUCGCCCGACCAUCGCGCACUCAUUCAUCAAACUCCUCUACGACAAAGGGAUGCUCUUGAAGCAUUUUACUCAAAACAUUGACUGCCUCGAGCGCCAGGCAGGCGUGCCAGGCGAGAAGAUCGUCGAGGCCCAUGGCAGUUUUGCAUCACAGCGCUGCAUUGAAUGCAAGGAGACCUUCCCAGACGAGGAGAUGCACCAGAUGGUAUCCAAGGGCGAAGUACCCCACUGCCACAAGUGCAACAACCUAGUCAAGCCGGACAUUGUGUUCUUCGGCGAAUCUCUACCAUCCGACUUCUUUGAAAGCCGCUCUCUGCCAGAAGAGGCCGAUCUCUGCAUUGUCAUGGGAACUAGUCUGUCUGUCCAGCCAUUUGCCAGUCUGCCUUCGAUGGUUAGUCCGGGCGUGCCUCGCGUGCUCAUCAACAUGGAGCGUGUCGGUGGCCUUGGAUCGCGGAGUGAUGAUGUGUUGGUGAUUGGGGACUGUGAUGCUGGAGUGCGCAAGCUUGCAAAGGCUAUGGGAUGGGGAGAGGAAUUGGAAGCGCUGUGGGAGGAAACCAAUCCAGACCCGCAGAAGAGGGCGGAGGAGAAUGCCCCGCUACAGACCCGCGACGAACGGCUACAGGACGAAGUGGACCGACUAACGGAGGAGAUCGAUCGAACUCUGGGUUUGACAGAUGCGUAUCAGAAUAAAGUACGCGAAAAGCUGGAGUCACACGAGAAGGCACAGGAGAAGGCACACCGCCAGUCCGGGGGGCUAGACCAUGUUUUCCCCCAUUUGGCGCGUAAGCUGUCACAUUGA